ACGAAACAUGAGUUUUAACUUGCAACGCUCUUCGCCUUCAUGCCUUCCUCGCUACGAUCAGCGAAGACACGAUGAGGAGGAAUUAUGUCCUCGACAGGACGGGGAUUUGGACAAUCAGGCGACCAAAACUUUGACGGUGGUCGACCAAAUAAAUUUCUGUACUCUGGAAAAAACAAAAAAGUUGAUCCGUGGGGCAACAGCACUGAUAAUGAUCAUGGAGGUAGUAUAGAGCGGGCUUUACAACCUAAGAAUAAGUUUCUGAAAACCAAAGAUACCCGUAGCUCGCCAGGUUGUGAAUUAGAUGAUGUAUGGAGUAUUCGCAAAAAUGUCCAAGUCAGCCAGGCGGGAAAGAAAGGAACCAUAUUAAACUCAAACAAAUCUUCAACGUCGUAUUAUUCCAGGCACGGAGGUUUGAGCGGACCGGGCGACGUGAAUAGUUCAAUCUUGAACAAGGGCCAUGACGCUAACGGAGACUUUCAUAGCCCCCGUAACGAUCAUAAAUCAUGGAGUAUUGCAAGUCGAGGAAACUUCUCAUACUCAGAUCAGCCCAAGUUCAGCCAAGGUAACCAUGGCACCUCAAGAGUUGAUCAACCUGACAUCCUAGACACAAGACGCACCCCUGCAACUGAUGAAUUUGACAUGGUACAAAAAAAGAAUGUCUUGAACAGCAAACUGUGGAUGGCAGGAGCUCCUCAAGUUGCAAACAGGGAAAUGUCUGCAAGGACACGCCGUGCAAAGAAAAUGCAUGAUGCCCAUCUCAGGUCAAUGGGGCUUGGUCCAUUUACCCCAAGUAAUGGAUCACAUGUCAGUUCAGAUAAUCACAAGGAUAGUGUCAACUGGAAACAAGACAUUGAUGAUGACUUUUAACCACUUGUGUUUACUAUGCAUAUAACAAAAAAGAACUAUUUAUGAAGAUGUAAAAUGACUUGCAACAAAACUUUAACAUGAUAAUGAUAAAGAUGAUUCAAUGAAAGUGAGAGGUCAAAUGCAUGUUUUGAUUUUUUACUUAAUACAUAUAUCUAAUUAACCAAGCACGAGGGCCCUACUGGGGGAAUAUCAGCCUGAGGUCUUGACAGUACAGACUGAGCGUAGCGAGGUCUGUAUAAAAAAGACCGAGGGCCGAUAUUCUUCCAGUAUGGUCCCGAGCAAGCUUGGUUAAUGAGAGAUUUAUUAUACGAC